UCAGGGACCUUCAGAAGGAACUUGAGGUCCACAGGAGGAACCCAGGGAUCCCCAAAGGAACUUGAGGAGCUCACGGACCCCCAGAAGGAGCUCAUGGGCACCCAGAACAGGCUCGAAGACCUCAGGGCCCCCUCGAAAGAACUCGAGGUCCCCAUAAGGUGGCGUUGGAUGAUCCACGGACCCCAAUAACAGCUCUGAAGUGACCUGGGGUCCCCCCGCCUUGCCUCCUCCUCCCCAAUUCCAGGCGUGAAGGAGCUGAGCCGUAAGCUGGUGAUCGUCAAUGGGGAGGACCCUCUGAGCAGGCAGGCGCAGGAAAACGCCACGCUGCUCUUCAACAUCCACCUGCGCUCCACGCUCUGCAGCCGCCGCAUGGUGGAGGAGUUCAGACUGAGCGGGGAGGCCUUCGACUGGCUGCUGGGGGAGAUCGAGUCCAAGUUCAACCAGGCCAUCGCUCACCCCGGCGAGAUGGUGGGUGCACUGGCAGCGCAGUCCCUGGGGGAACCGGCCACGCAGAUGACCCUCAACACCUUCCACUACGCUGGUGUGUCAGCCAAGAACGUCACGCUGGGCGUCCCACGGCUGAAGGAGCUCAUCAACAUCUCCAAGAAACCCAAAACUCCAUCACUCACCGUCUUCCUGCUGGGCCAGAGCGCCCGCGAUGCUGAACGUGCCAAGGUGGGACCUGGGGACAGCCCUGCGGUGGCCUGGUGGCCCCCGUGGCCUGGUGGUCCUUUGGUGGCCUUCGUGGCCUGGUGGUCCUUUGGUGGUCCUUUGGUGGUCCUUUGGUGGUCCUUUGGUGGCCCCCGUGUCCUAGUGGUCCUUCGGUGGUCCUUCGAUGGUCCUUCAGUGGCCCCUGUGUCCUGGUGGUCCUUUGGUGGUCCUUUGGUAGUCCUUUGGUGGUCCUUUGGUGGCCCUUUGGUGGCUCUUUGGUGGCCCUUUGGUAGCCCCCGUGUCCUAGUGGUCCUUUGGUGGUCCUUCGGUGGUCCUUCGAUGGUCCUUCGGUGGCCCCCGUGUCCUGGUGGUCCUUUGUUGGUCCUUUGUUGGUCCUUUGGUGGUCCUUUGGUGGCCUCCGUGUCCUGGUGGUCCUUUGGCCCCGUGUCCUCAUGGCCCACUGGUGGCCCCCCGUGUCCUGGUGGUCCUUCGGUGGCCCCCCGUGUCCUGGUGGUCCUUCGGUGGCCCCCCGUGUCCUG